CGGAGCGGACACGCGUGGGAGGGCAGGGGGCGGGGAGGGGGGUGGGCGGAUGCUACCGAUGCUGCCGAUGCUACCGACACUCCCCCCCCUUCCCAAGCACCGGGAGUCCCCCCCCCGCGCCGCCGGUGGGGGUCGGGCGCGCUCGCUGCGGUGGCGGGGCCGCCUCCUCGCCGUCGCCAAGGCACCGGCUGCCCCCUCCCAAGCCGCCCUCCCGGCCCCCCCCCCCCACUCCGACGCCGCCCGGGCGACCGUGGCUUUAGAUUGUUACUGUGCCGCUGGGGGGGUAACAGUCUACAGCCAUGGUCGCCGGGACAGGCGGACUCGCACCGCGGGCAGCACCGGCUCCCCCCCCGUCGCCCACCCCCGGGGGUCCCCGAGGCGGCGGAGGCGGGGCGGCGGGGGUCCCGUCGGGGGCGGCCCGCCUCCCGGGGCAGUAGGAGCUCACAUGCAGGAUGCAGCUCACCGCACAUCAACUCUUACUGUUCGGGGGGGCGGGCGCCGAGCGGUUCCUUCUGGGGCAGCGGGAACGAUGGGGACCCCCUCCUCGGAUGCCCCAUCCCGCCCCGCAGCCCCUCACCUGCCCUCCCGGCGGGGACCCGGAGCCCCUCGGGGACCGUCCCCGCCGGGCUCGUCCCGCCGCAUCUGCGCGCUCGGCAGUCGGGGUGCCGUGUCCCCGUCCCGUGUCCCCGUCCCGUGUCCCCCCGCCUCGCCGCCGGGGCGCGGGGGGACCGCGGGCCGUUCCGGAGCGGGGCUGGCGGCGGGGCCGGCGCGGCGGGGACUGAACGCGGCCGGCGGGGCCGGGGCGGGGGCGGCCGGGGGCGGUCGCAGGUUGCACAACCCGCCCGGCGCGGCCAGGAGAUUCCUGAGCGGCGAAGUCAGAGCGGCCCGGCCUGCCCCGGCACCGGGCACCGGGCCUUCAGCAGCCGGCGGCGACCGGUGCUGGCCGGGCAGGGCUCCUCGUGGGGGGCACUGGGGACUCACGGCCCUGGAGACGGCGAGAGGGGGCUGGAAGGGCUGGAGAUCACACAGACCCCGACGGGAGGGAUGCACCUCAUCCCAUGGGGACACCGGGGAUGUAGGGUCAGGCCCAAGUGGGUGAGGGUGGCAGUGGCAAGAGGGACAAGAAGAGUCCCUGAACCUUCAGUCCUGGGAUGCUGCAGCGCAGGGCUCCUGUGGGUGUCCCAUCUAGACUGAGUAGGGGUCAUGCAGGGUCCCCUGCCCACACUCUCCCUCUCCAAGGCAGCCCCAUUAGGAUCCCUCACCCACCCAUGGGGUCAUGCACCUGGCAGCUCUGCCCUCACCCAGACAGGCAUGGCCAUCACCAGGUCCCCAGGGGCCAGCAGGGCCACAGUGGGACAUGGGAGGAUCGGAGGUAGCAGGUCCCCGCUGUGCCCUGCCGUGUCUCUUGCUUGUUCCCUUUGACCCCUGCUUUUCCCAUCGCUGCCAUUGGUGACGGGACAAUGGCACCCUCACACCUCCAGGACAGGGAUUUCUGGGCAGUCCCACCAGCACUCAGGUAAAACCACAGCUACAUCCAGCACAUCCAUGCUGCAAAGUUGCCACUGCCACAAAACCCACCCUCCAUCCCCUGGGAAACACCUCCUUGUUUACACCCCAUCAACAGCAUCGCAGUGAGGUCCAGGCCAUGGUGACAUCAGUGUCCCUGCCAGGGUACCCCUGGAUGAGGGGACAUGUCCCGUGGGCAGCGCUGUGGCCCCUUGGACCCCACGCUCCAGGCCGGGAACGUUCCAGCUGCACUGUUGUUUUGAAGGCCAAGUCUCUCCCGCUGACACCCUGGAAUCAGUUUUUCUUCCAGAGUCCUUAAAAAUAUCCUGGAUUCCUGACACAGGACUUGUCUUCCAACGCCGCUUCCAAGCCGCUGGGCCCGGGGCCAGCCGCCAGCGCCAGGGGACAGAGGCUGUCCAGCUCCCGUGCUCCUCCUCAGCGCAGAGACCGCAGCGGUGCCGGGAAGGAAUGUGGUGCCAAGGAGGAUCACAGCCCCUGCCACGGCCUCCUCCACGGUGGAUUGGUGCUCAGCAGGGCACAGGCACGGCACAAACAGUGCCUGACCUCGGAACGCACCCAGCGGCUUCAGAGCGUGGCCCUGUGCACAGCCAGGAGGGUGGGAAGGGUCUGCCUGGCACCUCCAAGCCAUGACCCUGCAGAGCCCGGCGGCUGAGGACAGGGGUGGACACUGCCUCAGCGAAGGUCCCAAGGGACUCUCCUGGAUGGGAUUUCCCUGCGCAUCCCCAGGAAAGCACGUGGCCCCAGAAAACUUCUAGACAAAACCUCUCCUGGCUUUGCCGAGCGGCAUCCUGGCACCGUAGGAAUUUAGGGUGGGCCCGGGGGGGCUGAGCCAGCAAAGCUGGUAGGGGCUGCAGGAAGAGGUGCUGCUGUUGCCCCCCCAAAGGCCGGGCAGGUGCCCACUGGCCCCACACGCUGUUGCUGCCAUCUGACAGCUCUUGGCAAAACGGCCUUUUGUGAUUCAGCCGUGUUUAUCCCAGCCUGCAGCCCGGCCCAGCGUGGGUUUCCAUGGAAAACUUCCAUCCAAAACAAGGAGAGAGAAGGAGCUACAGCAGGAGUGACUCAGCCACAACUGGAAGCUUCUGCGAGUGAAGCAGGCAAGGGGGGGCUGUUCCCUAUGGCUCGGUCCUGCUCCAGCAGCGGGGCCCAGGCAUGGUCCCAGCCGUCCCCUGCCCGUGCCACUGCCACUUCGCAGGCAGGACCUUGGCAGGUUUGGGAAAAGCCUCGCUGUAAAACCAUCUGGGAAACACACCACCCUCCCGGAGCGCCCCCUCCCCACGCCUCUGGCAGGGCCUGCCAGCCGGGACAGAGGAGGAAGAGCGUGAGAUGAGUAAGGCUCAAACCCUGGCACGAGCCGCACCUGAUGCCAGGCUCGGCGGGACGUCGCUUUUUCCAGCGCUGCCCACAGGAGCCUCUACCUGUGCCUGGUGUGCCCCACGUGGGUGGCUGGCAGGGUGGGCAGUGGCAGUGGCCUCGAGGUGGCAGUGGCACAGGGGAAAGGCGUGCGGGGAUCUGGGGAGAGGUGGGAAAACAGCCGGGAGUUUGCAGGGAAGCAGCAGCACUGGCAGCACUGGUGGCACCUCUGCUCAUGCCAGGCUCCUCCUGCCCUCCCUGGGACACUGGGGCAGGGCUGGGGGCUCUGCUCAGCCAGGGAAGGGGCAGCAAAGCUCUGCCUGGCCGAGCCCUGGACUCCGUGCCCACAGCAGGCUCCUCACAAGCAGGGCCACGGCCAGGGUCCUUCCUGUCCUUGAGGUCACACAGGUGGCUCCAAUGGCUGCACUGGGGUAUGGAAAGGCACAUCUGGGGACAGGGUGACAUCCCUCUGCUGAAACACCCAGGCUCCAGCUGCUGCUGCUAACACUGGUGAUUGUCCCCAGGGCCCUCUUGUCACUUGCAAGUGGCACAGCUGCCACCCAGAUCCCGGGCUCACUCCAUCACCCCCUGUUCAGCAACAGCAACUGGGCCACGCUGUUUUGGGGGAAAACCAACUCCCCUGGGCCACGCCAGGUGAUGGAAAAGGAGCUCCCAGCAUGAAGCUGAGUGAGGGGUGGGAGGACAUCAGCCAGUCUUGUCUCCCGGCUCACCUCUGCGGGCAGCCAAGUUCUGUGGCUGCAUCCCAAGAGCAGACCUGGAGAGGCAGGGGCCAGCCCGAGGGCAUCCGGCCAGGAAAGGAGGGAGAGGGCAGGAUUCCCACGGCAAACCCCUCCGAGCCGCUUCCCUCCUCCCACCACACCGGGACCUCCCUGCGCUGCCCACACAGGCACCUCCUGAGGACAAAGGUCGCGUUUAUCUGCUUUUAUUAAAUUUAUUUAAACCGCUACAGCAGACACCCGGCAGGAGCCACCUUGAUGCAGACCCCGGGAAAGGGGCAGGAACUGCAGCACCCCAGUUCGGGUCACCCAUCCCUCCCCACCCCACCAGCCUGCAGAGCUGGGACCGUGCUGCUCACUCACCGCACCCUGAGCUUCUUCCCGUUCCUUCCCUCUUGCCAGGAGCUGCCGGUGCCUCCCUGUGCCCGGGGCCGCGGGGCCGCAGUGCGGGCGGGCGGCCACAGCUGCGGUGCCUCCCCCGCGCCGGGAAAGCACCGGGAGCUCGGCGACAACCGAACACCUCCCGGGACUGCGAGCGUCCCUGCCCGGCGGCGGGGAGAGAGCGGGGACAAAGGCUCCGGGGCGCUGUCACAGCUGGUCGCUGUGCUCGGCCACAGCUGCAGCCGGGCGUGCAACCCCAAAAACAGCCUGAGGUGUCACCGAGGGGUGCAGACACCCCACGCUUUCACAUCAGAUGUGACACAGCCCACGUGGAGCGGCACGGACGGCCAGCACUGCCCGAGGCCCCCAGGGCAAAAGCAGAGCGGGUUUGGGCUGCGGGGAAACAGCCACAUCGCCCUGCCAGCAUCACCACCGUGCUGCAAACCGGGGCAAAACGCGAUGGGGCUGAGAGCUGCUCACUGCUGCCGUGGGGCUGAGCUGCUCCCUGCUCCCGUGCUGCUCUGGGGCUGAGCUGCUUUAACCCUCAGCACUGCCAGGCCCGCUCCCAGCUCAGCGAGCACAGGAAGGGUUUCAGCAGCACAGCGUCCUGCAGCCCUGCAGUGCUGACACUGCGCUGCCCUGCUGCUCAAGCAGGGGGAAAAUUCACUUUUUUCACUCAAUUUCCCUCUUUUACCAGCUCUACACCCCCCAAGGAAAGCUGUGGUUAGAGAAGCUCUGCUAGCUCUCCUCUCCUGAGACUGGUGCCCAGUGCUGAGCGGGGCAGAAGCUAAGCAGGACUCCUGCAACUGUUACAGCAAUAAAGAUUUUCCUGAGCUUCUGGAUAAGAGAGCCACAAACAGCGA